GGCUGCCAGCUGCCCUCCCCACCUUGCCUCUGGAGCUUACUGUUCUCUACAACUUGCUGCUUUUUACUAUGGGAGCAUCUGACUCUGCCAUCGAAGGAGAAGCAGAAGGAAUACGCCAGGGGCUCCUCAGGGUUCUGGAGGCUUGUGGGGCCAGCGGGCAGGACCUUAGCACCGAGGAACUGUGGCAGAAGGUGCUGCAGGAGGUUACGGUGGAGGAGCUGCAGGCACCUUUGCAGCGACUCGCGGCCCUGCAAGCAGCGUGGUGGCUGGCAGCCAGCCGCCUGGGAAGCACCGCUGGCCUCUUCCGGCUCCUGAGAAAUGCUGAGGACCCGGGGAGAGCUCUCUGCAGUGAGGGAGAAAAUGAACUUCUCUCCCUGCUCAAGGCAUGGCGAGUACCUGCUGAGGGGACCUCUCUGCCCCUUGUACAGAGCGCCGAGGACUUGAAAGAGAUCCUCUGCACUACCGCAGCCUUCCUGCAAGGACUGCAGGAGCUGGAGACUGGGAACUUCCCCAAUGCCCUCUCCCUCCUUCAGGAGGCUGCAGGAGGAUUCUGCUCCAAGAGGGUCCUGGCCCAGAUCUACACCUGCCUUGGCUGCUGCGCUCAGCAAAUGGGAAAGCCUCAGACAGCCCUUCAGCACCUGAAAUGGGCCCUCAAGGUAGACUUCCAGUGCCUUCCUGCCCUGUCCCAUGCGGCAGCAGUGUACCAUGAGCUGGGAGAAACGGAUGUGGAGCUGCAGGCCCUGGCUCUGCUCUAUGAGGCGCUGGAAAAAAACCCUCCAACAGCUGCUUCCUCUAGUCCAUAUUUCCUAAUCCGAACAGAGCUCCUUGUCCGCACACCAAUACUAGCUUCACUCCUUCACCAUCACCACCCCUCUGAAGUGAAGUACCUGCUGGCACAGAGGUGUCUCCAGGACGGGAGGGUGGCUGAUGCAGUGGAACAUUACCUGGAUUUUCUGGCUCUGCUUCAGGAGGGGCUGCAGGAGCAAGUGCCCCUAGACAGUAGCUCGGCUCUGCCCAGGAUCCCCGAGGUGUUCCUGGAAGCGGCGUCUGCCUUGGAACAGGCUGGGAGGCACCAGGAUGCCAUUACUGUGUGCGAGGAGGUCAUCAGCCGGACAACUUACCUGAUCCCACGGAUGUUACGAGUGGAGAGGCUGGAGCAGCAGGCAUGCCCAUCAUCAGGGACAGGGCUGGUGGGUGGUCUCCUGUCCCAGAAGAAGGAGAGUCUGUGCUGCCUUGCCUGGAGAGCAGCUGGAUACCUGCACCAGGGCUGGGCAUGGGCCAAGCUGGGCGAGAGCAAGGAGGCUGUGACACAAUUCAGCAGGUGCCUCUGCGAUCUCCUGCAAGUCCAGCCCAGGUCUGUCUGUCUUUCCAUGCCAGAGAGUCUCCUGCCAGAAGUGGAGGUGCUCCAGAAGAUCAGGUUGCUGUCUCUCAGCGGAAGAGGGGCACAGUUCCUGGAAAUGGGGAGGCACAAGGAAGCCUUGUUGGAUUUCCAGCAUGGUUUGCAGAUCUCGCCAG